UCCCAUUUAUUUUCUACUGAAUAACGUUGGUCUGCCGCAUGUUUCUUGGUCAUGAUAUCAAUGUCGCUUCGAAAAACACCUUUCGCUCUUUUGACAUUCCAGCGACGUCUUUCAUUUUUCACUCACCGAAAAAAAUCUCUUGUUUUUGCUAGAACCAUGGCAGGCACACCGUCUUCCCCGACACGUUUUGAUCUUCUAGUAAUCGGCGGUGGAUCUGGUGGUCUAGCCGGUGCUCGGAGAGCCGCGGAACUUGGAGUUUCAGCCGCUGUCAUAGAGAGCCUCAAACUCGGAGGGACAUGUGUGAAUGUUGGAUGUGUACCAAAAAAGAUCAUGUGGAAUACCGCAGUCCAUGCAGAAUACAUUCAUGAUCAUGGUGACUAUGGUUUUCACGGUGGCAAUCUAAAGUUCAGUUGGCGACUGCUUAAAGAAAAAAGGGAUGCAUAUGUUCGCCGACUAAAUGAUAUUUAUCAAAAUAAUUUAGACAAGGCACAGAUCCAAACAAUCAGUGGCCAUGCAGUAUUCACGUCAGACCCAGAGCCUACAGUGGAGGUAAAUGGUUCAAAAUACACUGCUCCUCACAUCCUAAUCGCAACCGGCGGGCGUCCCUCUAUGCCUAGUGAUGAGGAAGUGCCUGGAGCAAGCCUUGGAAUAAACAGUGAUGGGUUUUUUGAACUUGAACAUUUGCCAAAGCGCAGUGUGAUUGUAGGAGCAGGUUAUAUAGCUGUGGAGAUGGCAGGAAUCCUCUCUGCACUGGGAUCAAAAGCAUCAAUGAUUAUACGACAAGACAAGGUAUUGAGGAAUUUUGACUCCCUAAUAAGUGAAAAUUGUACCCAAGAACUAGAAAAAGCUGGAAUUGAGCUUUGUAAGAACUCCCAGGUGAAGUCAAUAAGAAAAACUGACAGUGGUUUAGAGGUUACAGUAGUGACCAAAGCACCAGAUGAGGAAGAAAAAAUCAGUACAAUCCAGGGUGUGGACUGCCUGUUGUGGGCUAUUGGACGGGAGCCAAACACAGAGGGCCUCAACCUAGACGCACUGGGUCUGAAGCAGGAUGAAAGGGGCCACAUUGUAGUGGAUGAGUUCCAGAACACCAGCAGGAAAGGCAUUUAUGCAGUUGGAGACGUCUGUGGGAAGGCACUUCUUACACCAGUUGCUAUAGCUGCUGGUAGAAAACUUGCACACAGGAUAUUUGAAGGGAAGAAAGACUCCAAACUCGACUAUAGCAACAUUCCUACAGUGGUGUUUAGUCACCCCCCAGUAGGGACCGUGGGACUCACUGAAGAGGAAGCAGGAACUACUUAUGGAAAAGAGAACCUGAAGACUUACACAACAUCUUUCACUCCGAUGUACCAUGCGAUGACUACAAGGAAAACCCAAUGUGUCAUGAAGUUAGUGUGUGCUGGAAAGGAGGAAAAGGUGGUAGGCUUACAUAUGCAGGGACUGGGAUGUGAUGAAAUGCUCCAAGGUUUUGCUGUGGCAGUCAAGAUGGGUGCCACAAAGGCAGACUUUGAUAACACUAUCGCCAUUCACCCAACCUCAUCAGAAGAACUGGUCACGCUGCGAUAGAUCAAAGCACCUACCAACCUGUAUAUGUAUUUAGUUAGAAGCAUCUGGUGUUUUUGCAUUGCUGCUAUUUAAAACCACAUCUCAAUAUGUAAACAUUUGUGAGAUGUUGUCAAUAUUGCUUUACCUGCUAUCAUUGAAUCAUUCACAAUGUAACAGUAAUAAACAUGCAAUUUUCUUUUCACCCGUAUAUUAACAUAUCAUUGUAAUGCCCCUGCCCUCCUCUUACAUCGCUUUUGCAUCAUUCUCACUACUUCCACAUUCAUUUGCACAUUUAAACACAAAAACAAUCAUAUUUAGUCAGGUGAUCAUCUCUUACUUUGUUUUCUGAACACCUUAUUGGAAGCACUAACUUAAUAUAUUGUCUCAACAGAAAAUAGCAAAGUGGUUGAGAAAGGCUUAUUUAAACAACAAAUAACACCCCCAAUUUUACCUUCUGAACAUCUUAAUAUAAUUGGCGCCACUUAAUAGGGACACUGAUAAUGGGGAUUUCUGCUUAAAUAGGACAGAACUCUGGGAGACGGUUCUUCCCAGUGCUAUCUAUGCCGUUUAAUUGGGAUACAGUAUUUUCAGAUGAUGAACGGAGAUCACUUUUCAGAGCAAGAGCUUCAUGUAGCUGUGACUUGCAUAAGUGGUUUUUGCCUCGCCUGUCAUUUGCGAGUUAUCAUGGCUGUUGAGUUUCAAUUUUUCGGGCAGCUGCUAAACACAAAACAGAACUCUCCUGACUCAUGUUUUAUGACUCCAAUUAGAAAUAACAAGGAAUAUAGAUGUUUCUUGGGGAAAUUUGGCAAUUAUCUGGCAAACAUGUCAAAUAUAAUUUAUUUUCUUGGAAUGUGUUUGAAAAUGUCCAGGUUAUGUUUAAAUUUAGACCCAUUUUUUUUUACUAUUUUCUCAAUAUUGAUUUUGUAACUGAUGCAUUAUUUUUGGAACAGGUUGAUAAAAAUGUUAAAUCUUAA